GGGAAGAAUGUCAUUUGUGAUAGAACAGCCACUCCCCUGGAUGCCUUUCGGAUGAUGACAGCUGCCCACUAUUAUCCCAAACUUAUGAGCAUCAUGGGCAACGUUCUCCGUUUCCUGCCUGCCUUUGUGAAGAUGAAGCAGCUGAUCCAAGAAGGCUAUGUGGGAGAACUGCUUGUGUGUGAGGUACAGGUUCACAGUGGAAGCCUGCUGGGGAAGAAAUAUAACUGGAGCUGCGAUGAUCUAAUGGGAGGUGGAGGGUUGCAUUCUGUUGGUACCUACAUCAUUGAUCUCCUGACUUUCCUCACCAGUCAGAAAGCAGUGAAAGUUCAUGGACUUCUUAAGACCUUUGUGAAACAGACCGACCACAUUAAGGGAAUACGGCAAAUUACGAGCGAUGACUUCUGUACAUUUCAGAUGGUCUUAGAAGGUGGGGUGUGCUGCACUGUUACUCUUAAUUUCAACAUGCCGGGAGAAUUUAAACAAGAUAUUGUAGUGAUUGGAUCAAGUGGGCGACUAAUUGCAGUCGGCACUGAUUUGUAUGGACAAAGCAAUAACUCUCCACAGAAAGAGCUCCUCUUGAAGGAUUCUGCCCCAGUCAGCAAUGCCUUGUUACCUGAGAAGGCCUUCAGCGACAUCCCAUCUCCGUACCUCCGGGGCACCAUAAAGAUGGUACAAGCAGUCAGGGAGGCAUUUGAAGAUCAAGACGACCGACGAACCUGGGACGGACGGCCACUCACAAUGGCUGCCACUUUUGACGAUUGUCUCUAUGCUUUGUGUGUGGUGGACACCAUUAAGAGAUCCAACCAGUUGGGUGAAUGGCAGAACAUUGUGAUUAUGACUGAAGAACCAGAACUGAGUCCUGCUUACUUGAUCAGUGAGGCCAUGCGGCGGAGCAGGAUGUCUCUGUACUGCUAGAUUUUUGUCUUGACUUGGGGGGGGGGGGGGGGGGGGAGUGAAUCGAUUCAGCUUUUUCCUGAC